GUUCUAAAAAUGUCAUCAGGCAUCCAAAUAAAACCAAAGACUGCAGUACGGAAAAGCAAGACAUCUUCUCCUUUGCCAUGUUCUCCAGAACCUGCACUUAAACCACGGCCAAAGCCUAGUGACAAGCUGAACCCUAAAACUAUUGAUCCGUUUGGUGCUCAUUCUAGACUACCUUCUGCAUUUGCUGCUAUAUACGCUAAAGGUGGCAUUCCGUGCAGGUUAGUGCAUGGCUCAGUAAAGCACAGACUGCAAUGGGAAUGCCUUCCUGAAACUGUUCCCUUUGAUCCUCUUCUUGUAACCUUGGCAGAGGGUCUAAGAGAGACAAAACAUCCCUAUACGUUUGUUUCAAAGGAGGGUUUUAAAGAAUUGCUUAUGGUUGAAGGUGCUACUGAAAAAGCAAUUCCUUUGUUGCCUCGUCUAGUUCCAGUGUUAAAGGCUGCAUUGGCCCAUUUGGAUGAUGAAGUAUUUGGAAGGGGAUUGGAUGCUUUAGUUCAACUGAGUGCUGUUGUUGGCCCAUCUCUUAAUGAUCAUCUUAAGCAUCUACUCACAAAUCUUUCAAGGAGAUUAAUGGACAAGAAAUUUAGAGAAAAAAUUACUGUCGCUUUACAAAAGUUGGAGCAAUAUGGUGGAAAGGCAACUGUGGCUAUCAUCAAAUCUAAAAUUCCAACCUAUUGUUCUAUCUCCUCUUGAUCAAGAGAAC